GCUUGCUCAGCCUGACCAUGCGCGCGAGGAUGAAACGCUUCGACUGACUACAACUUCAAGUUGGCUGGCCCGUUUCUGCUCUGCUGUCAUCGAUCGCAACAGCCUUCUCCUCCAAACAUCUCUGUGCUGUGCGAGCUCAUCACGACGAAUCGCGCGCGCCACAUUCGAAGCACCCUCACGUUUCGCGCCGUUCUCCAAGCCCUCCGUCAUGUCUUCCGACGAAAAAGAACCUCUCAUCAACAAGAACCAAUCCCUCCAAGACUACUAUGCCUCGCUCGAAUCCAGAAUCGGGUACAGAUUCGUGUUGGGAGGAACACGGCACUUUGGAUUCUAUACUCGUGGCACAUACUGGCCAUUCCCUAUUGGCAAAGCUCUCAGGGCUAUGGAGGACAAUCUCAUCGGUACACUGGAUCUAGAGAAGGGGUCGAAGGUGCUGGACGCGGGAUGCGGAGCCGGAUAUGUUGCCAUCCACCUGGCUGAGGAAGGCUACCGUGUCCAUGGAAUAGAUGUCGUGGACCAUCACAUUGUUAAGGCACGACGGAAUGUCAAGACGCAGGGACUGGAAGGGACAAUCACGGUCACGAAGGGCGACUACCAUCAUCUCGACGCUUUCGCGGAUGAUAGCUUCGAUGGUGCAUACACAAUGGAAACUUUCGUCCAUGCAACCGAACCCGAAGCCGCGGCUGCAGAAUUCUUCCGCGUCAUUCGGCCUGGAGGUAGUAUCGCCAUGUACGAGUACGACCACCUCGACUUUAGCACUCAACCUGAAGAGGUCGGCGAUUCUUGGACGGCCAUCAACAAGCAUGCCGCGAUGCCGGCGUAUGAUCGUUUUCAGCAAGGUGUGUUAAAAGGCAUUCUCGAGGAAGUUGGGUUCGAAGAUGUCGAGGUUAAGGAUCUGUCAGACAAUGUUCUUCCAAUGUUGAGAUUAUUCUACAUCCUGGCUUUUAUCCCAUACCUCAUCAUUGCGUUUCUGGGACUCAAGUCUUAUUUCAUAAACACAGUGGCUGGUUAUGAAGGAUAUGUCUACAGAGAUGCGGCCCGGUAUAUAUCGGUAUCUGGAAAGAAGCCUCUGGCUGCGGGCGAGGUGGAGCCAAGCGAGGAAAAGAAGCUUCGAUGAAGGGCACUGCAAAUUGAGACAACUGACAGGAUUUGGCUCCGCAAAGGAAUUGAGACUUGCUCCGUAGCUUACAACAGGGAGGAUACUACAUUGAAUCAAACCUUGGCCAAUUUUAACGUCGGCGGUUGGAGACGUGGUAAUGGUGGCAUGUCUUUUGAAGCUGGAGGUUGAAUGGCCAGUCAUGUGCGACUGCAGGAGCGGGAUUCAAAAUGGACUCCUUAACAAUCCUUGCACUGUUGUCUAAAUUUAGCUGGGAUAAUAGUAACUGUAGCCGAGGAGUCGAAACAAAAUCCUUUCUUUUUUUUCUCGCCUGUACUCACCUGAGCUCACUGGUACUCACCUGCUGCCUAGCCUCGCCUCAACCC